UCCAUGAACAUUCGCGCUUUCUGUGUGGCAACCAUCGAUACACUUAACGUGGUUAUUAGCGAAGUAUAUCUUCGUGUUUUUACAAUAAAUUUAUUACUAAUCAGCAAUUUGUUGAUAUAUUAUUCACGAAGUGCAAGAUGAAGUAUGUACACGUGUUACUAUGUGUGAUAUUUGCCCAAAUUAUUUAUGUAAGUGGCCAUAAUAAAUACUCAAAAGAAGCAAACAAUGCUAAACUACCGGAUGAUAUUGCGAAAAUCAACUUUAAAACCCUUGAAAAACCUUUUCGCAUGCACAAAAUUAAUAUUUUAUGGGCCAAGGCGCAACAUAGAUUAUCAGAUCCCAAACUGAAAUCUCUCUACAGUGAGUUGAAGAUUCAUGACAAAGAAGAAGCCGCAUGGAAACGAUUGCGUUCCGAAGGCAAAGAUAAAGAUGGUCUCAAGGAGGCUGAAUUAAGGAAAAAACUGCUGGGAAUCAUGGACGUUUACAAUUUGUUGGAGAACUUUGAAGAUGGUCACAAGAGAAAGAAAGAUCCAAGUGAAUACAAUGAAACAAAUGAGGACCAUAUCAACAAGAGUAUGUUUAAAGAUAAGAAAUUGAAUAAACUGUGGGCUAAAGCUGAAGUAGCAGGCUUCACAUCACCUGAACUGGCUGCUCUGAAAGAGGAGUUUGAUCACCAUGAAGCUAAAAUCAAUGAAUACUACUCAAUCCUCUCAGAAACAAAAGAUGGUGGCAGGAAACAUGAUAAAGAAGCAGAUGAUGAGAAUAGUAUUGAUGAUACCUUGGAAAGGUUUAAUACUCUAGAGGCAGCUGAUGAGAUGCAUGAAAACGCGCAGGCAAAGAAAGAGAAACGCGUUGAUUAUUUGGAGAAGGUGCAAUUAUUAAGAGAACAUCAUAGAGGUUUAAAGGACGGUUAUGAUCGUUUGCACCGACUGACGGCGACUGGACCUAAUAGUAAAGAAUUUAUCGAGCCAAAGGUUCAGGGUUUGUGGAAAGUCGCCCUGGAGUCGGACUUCACACAUGAGGAAUUAGAAUCUUUAAGGAUUGAACUCAUGCAUUAUGAGAAUAGGCUACUCAAAUUGCGCCAUUUGCAUCAUGAAGCCCUGUUACAUGAGGAGACUCAUAAAGAGAAGGUUGCUUCAGCUGGCGAGAAAACGAAUGGUCUAUUGUUACUGCAGGAUAAUAUUAAAAAACAAGCUAGAAAGGUAGAAAAGCUGCAUAUGGAGCUUGAAACUAAGAUCUUGAUGAAACACAUUGAGUUGUAAAUAUGAUGUCAAAAUGUGUAAACGUGUAACGUACCAAUAUUUAGAACAAAUAUGUGCCGGAAAUCUCAAGUAUUUUUUCAAAUUUUUAAUUAUUUAAGUUUAAAAAACGCCAAACAUACAACUAGGAACAAUUUCAAACGUUUUUAAUAAAAUCAGUCAACUUUAAA